UUUGGCAGCGAGAAGGAAGACGAAGCUUUCGCAGACUCUUCUUCUCCCCCGUCGCGCUCCAAAUUUGGGUGCUUCCAGAGGUGGAGUUUGGGUUCUGCUGUAAUCGCUCGGAUUGUCUCCAAAGAUUGCGCCUUUCUAGUGUUUUCGAGGAUUUGGGCCUGCUUUUUGAUCCACUGCUGUCGGAUUAUUUUUUUGAUAAUAUGUCCUCUGGCGCCGUAGGAGCGGCGGAUCCGGACGGGUUGCGGCCGCUCCGCUGGGAUCCGGCAGUGGAGGAGGAGGGGAUUGACCAUUUCGACCGGUUGCCGGACUCGGUGUUGCUUGUGAUCUUUAACCGGAUUGGCGAUGUCAAGACCUUGGGGCGGUGCUGCGCCGUGUACCGCCGUUUCCACGACCUAGCCCCCCUCGUCGAUGACGUCGUUGUCCGCGUCGACUGCGUCAUCUCGGACGACCCCUCCCCCUCGGCGCCCGGCGGCGGUUUCGACAAGCCCCACAGCGUCUUCUCCCACUUUGCUCGCUUCGUCCUCGGCGGCCUCGUCAAGCCCCUUGAGGCUCUCUGCCAAAUGCUCUCCCCCGCCUCCUGCGCGGAUGCCCUCGCCAGGAAGUCGGGGUUGUUUUCGUCUUCGUCUCCCGAGGUCUCUCACCAUUCCCCGACUGAGGUCCUGAAGAACUUUAAGGAAAUCCGACGCCUCCGCAUCGAGCUACCCUACGGCGAGCUCGGCGUCGACGACGGCGUCCUCCUGAAGUGGAAGGCCGACUUUGGAUGCACCCUCGAAAGCUGCGUUAUCCUCGGUGCCUCCUCCGUAGUCUCCUCGUGCUCGAUGUCCGCCAAAUCCUCAGAACCUGACCCAAAUCCUAGUUUCCAGGACGCUUGUGGUGGUGAUGAUUGCGGGAACAUCCCGGAAUCGUUCUACGCCGAUGGGAGCUUGAAACGCAGGGUCGUGUGGACUAUCAGCUCACUGAUUGCCGCUUCCGCGCGGCAUUACCUUCUCCAUCCGAUCGUGGCCGACAACGAGACCUUAGAGAGAUUAGAUCUGACAGAUGCUGAUGGGCAGGGGUUGCUGACACUGAACCGCCGGCAGCUACAAGAACUACGAACGAAGCCAGUGAUGUCUUCGGGGAGCUCACACCGGACGCUUCUGCCGGCACUAAAUAUGCGCCUGUGGUAUGCACACCAACUGGAGUUGCCCGGUGAGAUGGUGUUGAAGGGUGCAACAUUGUUGGCAAUCAGACCAAGUGAGGAGCGGAUGGGGGAGGCCGUCGGUGGUGUUGUUGGUCAAUCCAUCGGUUUCUCUGAUGGUUGCUGGGUCUCAGAUACAUUUGAAGAGCCAUACCGGACGGCAAUUAGGAUGCUAAUGAAAAGGAAGACUCACAGCCUUGAGAUGAAUUCCUUCUGAGUCUGAAAGAACUGCAACAUAAUUCAGCCUUUAGAGGUUUAUGGAUUAUGAUGCCCCAUAGAGGAUGGAUAUUAAAUAUGUUAAAGGCAACCGGAGAAUAGUUUGGACCCUUCACAUGAAGUGAUACCUGUUAACUCAUCUUCUAAUCCAGUGACUAUACAACACAAAUAUGGAGCAGCAAAGCCAGAUUUCUUCGUAAGUGACAUACAACAUGUUCCUCUCUUUUUUGACUUGUUCCAUGAGUAAAGGCAUUUAUGAUGGUUAUUAUGUGUAAUCUUCGUCAUAGCUUGUACAUUUUUUAAAUCAUGAAUGGUUGACUGUAACAUCCAAUAAUGGAUUUAUUGUAACUUUAGCGUGCUCAUGUCGAUGACCUUCGACUCAUUUAUGUUACUAAUAUGUCAAACGCUGUGCCUAAUUGAUUUUUAAGCUCCACUUCUCAA